UACGUAGAUAUAGUUCAUAUUGAUAGGGAUAAUGUCUGUAACAAUGUUUUCCCAUCUCCCACUUCAAAUCAUCUCGAAAUUUCAUCGAUUUGGCGUCCAAUUUCCACUAAACUCCCACAAUCGAGCAACCCCAUCUCUCAAUCCUUGAGGAAUUCCUUCACCAUUGUUUCUUCCAAGUCUUCCGAAGCAGAGGAGGAGCUCUCUUCUCCAGAGGACGAGUGUCUUAACAAGCUUCCAGAAAAGAAGAAGCCCUUGUAUUCUCACAGUUUGCCUUGCGUUGAGGCUUGGUUGAAGAACUUAGGAUUUUACCAAAGUAAAAAGGAUUGAGCUGUGUGGCUGAUCGAGAAGCCUGAAUGGCACGCUCAGCUCUCACUCGAUGUCACCGACCUCUAUGUAAGAUAUCUCAAGAGUGGACCAGGAAAUCUUGAGAAAGAUGUAGAGAGAAGAUUUAGCUAUGCUUUAAGCAGAGAAGAUAUUGAGAAUGCUGUGCUUGGAGGACCUUGAAUAAUAUUUAUCAUUGCUCAUUGUAUUUUAAUCAUUCCUUUCUGUCAAUAAAUAUAACAUAAUAUCUUGAUCUCUUUUCUUCCAA